AUGGUGCAGAUUCCUGAAGCAGUCGUGGUCUCUCCUCGGCGGACGAGACAGAGAGCCAAGCUUGCAGCAGCAGCAUCAACAGCAGACAAUAGCUCAGACUUGACCCUACGACUAUCAACAUCAACACCGGCAAGCAACUCCAUACCCAAGGAGAACGGCAUUCGCGUCCUGCCAGAAAUCCUCAUCGCAAGCCUUAAACUCAAAGACCUCCGGAAAAGAGACCUCCAACUCCUCUUAAAGAAACGCCGCCUCCUCCAAGCCCACCCAGUAGCUAUCCCAAAAGACAUCCACACCAAAGGCCUCACUCCCUCCAUCAUGGCCACCCUCGUCUUCGCCCAAGAGGAAGCAGGCACGGCAGUCUGCAUCUCCCCAACCGGCCUCCUCCUCACCUGCUCCCACUGCAUAGCCGAGACACCCUCCGAGUUUGACCAGACCCGGAGCCACUGGCUCCUCUUCGCCUCGGGACAAGUAGUCGAAGCGGUGCCCCUAGCAUGGGACGCAGUACGAGACCUCGCCCUCUUGAAAAUCGUAGCCGCGCAGCAACAAUCCCCAUCCUCCUCCAACAUCUCCACAACAGCAUUCCCCUUCAUCACACCCGCGACCUCCCCGCCACCCAUCGGAUCCCGCCUCAUCUGCGUCGGGCACCCGGGCAGCGAGGACCUCGAGGCCGCGGAGCCGGGCGUCGAGACCGGGUACGACGUACUGCACCUCAGCACCGGGACGUUCAGGGGCUGCGCAGAGGGCCAGGACGCGCAGGAUAACUCGGAGAUCGGGGCGCUGAUGCACACGUGUUGGACGUACUGGGGGCACUCUGGGGCGCCGUUGAUCGAGAGGAAGAACGGUGGGUUGGUCGGAUUACACUCCUCGUGGGACGAUGAGACGGGGAUGAGGCGGGGUGUUGCGCUGGAGGCUAUUCGGGGAUUUUUGGAGGAGAAUAAACAGCAUCGGGAUGGAUAG